AUGGCGGAGGUGGGCGCUCACCUCACGGCCGCCCCGGCCGGGGAGGAGCGGCCGUCCGUGUUCGAGGCGGUGGCCCAGGACAGCCUGAUGGCCGCUGUGAAACCCGCCCUGCAGCACCUGAUCAAGGUGCUUGCCGAGUCCAACCCUGCCCGGUACGGUUUCCUCUGGCGGUGGUUUGAUGAGAUUUACGUCCUUCUGGAUUUGCUGCUGCAGCAGCACUACCUGGCCAGGUGCAGCGCCUCCUUCUCGGAGAACUUCUACAGCAUGAAGAGGAUCCCCAUGGGACACGGCAGACAGCGACCUCUGGCCACAGCUGGCCUGCCAAAGAGGCACCACUGGAAAUCUCUGCUCCUGCUGGUUCUUGUUCCUUACCUGAAAGGAAAGCUGGAGAAACUGGUGUCCAGCCUGAGGGAGGAGGAUGAGUACUCCAUCCACCCUCCCUCAUCAUCCUGGAAACGCUUCUAUAGAGCUUUUCUAGCUGCCUACCCCUAUGUAAACAUGACCUGGGAGGGCUGGUUUCUUAUCCAGCAGCUGUGCUACAUCCUGGGCAAGGCUGAGCAUCAUUCCCCCUUGCUGAAGCUGGCUGGUGUCCGCCUGGUCAGGCUGACUGCAGAGGAUAUCCAGGCCCUGGAGAAGAAAUGGGCUGAAAGCACCUCAAGUCAAACACACAGCUUUACCUCACGAGUGCAGUCGGCCCUGAGGAGAGCUCUGGGUGCCGUCGCCGUCUCGCUGUCCACCGGCCUGUCCGUCAGCGUCUUCUUCCUGCAGUUCCUGGACUGGUGGUACUCCUCAGAAAACCAGGAGACCAUCAAGUCCCUGACAGCCCUCCCCACGCCCCCGCCCCCUGUGCACCUGGAUCACGAGCCCGGCUCAGCUGUGCUGCCCGGCCUGAAGUCCGUGUGCCCCCUGUGCCGCAAGGUGCGCGUCAACGCCACGGCCCUGGCCACGUCCGGCUUCGUCUUCUGCUACCGCUGCGCCCACGGCUUUGUGAAGGCUCACCAGCGCUGCCCAGUCACGGGCUAUGCCACAGAGCUCCAGCACCUGGUCAAACUCUACUCCCCUGAGAGCUGAAGGGCUCCCAGGAGCCUCCAGCAGCUCUAUGGGCAUCCCGUGGAAGGCUUCAGACAGCUCCUGGGUGAGCUGUGCGGCGCUCGCUGGUUCAUCAGCUUGGCUGCCUUUGCACGUUCUGGCGAUGCUCUGCCCUUUGCUGAUGAGCUGUUCAAACAUCCUGGCAGCUGCAGAGGUAUCACACAGCCCCAGCCUGUCAGCCAGCACAGAAAUGCCUCAAAGGACCAGCUGAAAGGGAGGAAACAUUGAUUUGGGUAAGAGGAAUGCAGAUGUGUGGGUUAAAAACCAGCACUGGUGCUGCUGGAGGGCAUGGGCCAGCAAAUUAAAGAGGCAGGGAAAUUCUCCAGGUAGGUUUUUCUUCCCAGGCCCUUGUGCUGCCCAGGGUGAGCUCUGGCUUUGCCAGAGGUGGAGACAGGCUUAAACCUCUGCUCUUCAGCCUCCUGCAUUUUCAGGCUCUUCACCUUGGAAUUGAGAACAUCACCCUCCUAAUUCCCAUCAACGGUUCUAAAUUAAGACUUUUGACUCUUUAAGGGAACAAGAUGGACAAGAGGAAUGUGACAUUUUCUGCACAAGAGAGAAAAUGACAAACCAGAUUAAAACAAACUCCUAAUUGAUGAGAAUGGUUUAUUGUUAAAUAAGUAUUUGCAUUAAUUAUUAUCUGCUUUUAUAAAGCAAAAUUCUUUCUUGAUUGAGAACCUAAUUUAAUUCUUUUCUGGUUAUUGGAAAAACACUUUGCUCCUCUGGGGCCUCUAUUUACAUAAGAGAGACAAGACUAAAGCUGCUUUCAUCUUUCCAUGUGAUGGUGGUGGAUGUAAGAUUAGCAUUUUGUAGGCUGAGAAUCUUUAAUGUCUGAGCAUUACAUUGCAAUUAUUCCAGUCCCAGCCAUGUAGCACAUUCAUAUCAGAACAAAACAUCCUGGCACUGAGCACAGGAGGAAAGAAAAGCUGUGUGACAUGGCUGGCUCUUGCUUGACACCUGAUUUUUCAGAUGGAAGCCUGUGCUCCUGACUCUAGGGAGCAGCAGUGCUCCAGAUAUCACAGUGACAGUGCUUAGAGCAACAAGAGCAAAGUUUCUGCACAAAGUCCAGACCCCACUCUGGCCUUUGCAGAUUAAGAGAUAUCUCCUAACAUUUAAUCCACUGAACCAGGCAUCUCAUUUUCCCUCCACUUUAGCUCUGCUUCAGAAGAUAAAAAUCUCCAAUAUCCUCCUUCACCUGCAAGCAAGAGAGUAAGGUUAUUGAAUAAUGUGGGAAAAUGCAGUAAUUUGAACCUUCUCCAAACCCCUAAUAAAUGAGAUUUGUUCCUGCUGCUUUAUUAUCUCUGUACACCUCCCUGACCCUUCUACCUGUGCCACUGUGAACUAAUAAUAAUAAAAACUAUCUCAUUUCUCUCUUCUCCAGUAAAA